AUGGUAGCUUUCAUCGGCCAUCUUCACGGCCUGGAGUUGUACCUCCCUUCAGUUCUCAGAUAUUGCGGGAAAGCUUCGGGCUUGGAAGAGACGCGGCAGAUUCACGCGCAGGUUCUCAAGACCUAUUUCAAGAAUGACCCGUUUAUUUCCAAUUCUAUCCUCCGGAUGUAUCUGGACCUUGGUGAAGUUGAGGUCGCGAGAAGGGUGUUCAACACAAUGCCUAAAAGGAACGUGAUUUCAUGGAACUCCAUGAUUUUUGGUUGCAUCAAAGCUGGGGAAGGCAAAUGGAUUCAUGCCUUUGUUUGUCGCAAUAAACUUAGAUUCAGGGAAUCUUGCAUCAGCCUUCAUCGAGAUGUACUCGAAGUGCGGUCUUAUUGGCAUUGCUUUAGCUAUCUUUCAAAGCAUUUCUUGCAGGAGGAGAGUUGGAGAUUGGAAUUCUAUGAUAGAAUGAAAGUCAAUCCGGAUGAGCUAAUUAAUGAAAAGUUUAAAAUUAAACCAAACAUAAAACACUAUGGUUGCUUGAUUGAUCUCCUUGGCCGAGCCGGGCGGUUGGAGAAUGCACAUAGAAUCAUAGAUGAAAUGCCAAUGGAGCCUGAUUCCAUGGACUCUAGCUGCUAUUUCCUUCUGUCGAACUUGUAUGCCAAGGCAGGGAAAUGGGGUAAUGUAGAUGCUAUUCGUGCUGUUAUGAAGGCGAGAGUAGUGAGAAAGAAUCCUGGAUGUAGCUCGGUGAUGAUUAAUGGUAUAAUUCAUGAAUUCCUUGUGGGGAAAGAGAUGGGUGUAAAAUGCAGCGAGGUGAUUCAGGCUAAGUUGGAGGAAGUAACCAGUAAACUCAAGAUGGAAGGAUAUAGGCCUGAUUGGAGCCAAGUUCUUCUUGAUGUGGAAGAAGAAGAGAAAGAAAGCUUGCUCGGUGUUCAUAGUGAGAAGCUAGCCAUUGCCUUUGGACUUGUUAAUCUGGACAAGGGAGCUUCUAUUCAUAUUGUUAAGCCUCAGAGUGUGUGGUGA